AUGCUGUCUCCAUUGCCUCGAAGCUCCGUGCUGAUUGCGGGACGCCAGAAGCUCCUGCAGUGUCAAGCGCAGCGCUGCGUGACGACGAUCACCACGGGUCCGUCAUCUUCCAAGACCAAGAGAGACCGUCCCCUGCCGCUCGAGGGCAUCCGAGUGGUGGAAUGCGGCCACCUCAUUGCUGGCCCCUUCGCCGGUACCAUUCUCAGCUACUUCGGUGCCGAUGUGAUCAAGGUAGAACCCCCUACGGGCGACCAGGUGCGCGACUACCGUGAGCUGGACUCGACCAAGACGUCGCUGUGGUGGUACUCCCUCGGCCGCAACAAGCGCUCGGUGGCAAUCGACAUGAAGAAGGAAGAGGGGCGCAAGCUGAUCGAAGAGCUCAUCGAGCAGAGCGAUGUGCUCAUCGAGAACUUCAGGCCUGGUCGCAUGGAGAAGUGGGGGCUCGGUCCGGAUCACUUCGAGAAGUCUAACCCCAAGCUGGUGUACGCCCGAGUGUCGGGCUUUGGUCAGGACGGUCCGUACUCGUCGAGACCGGGAUUCGCUUCCGUGUGUGAAGCUAUGGGCGGCUUUCGCUAUGUGAACGGGUUUGCGGAUCGUCCCCCGGCUCGCCCGAACCUCAGCAUCGGCGACACUAUAGCUGGCAUCCACGCAGCUCUCGGCAUUGUCAUUGCGCUUCUUGGGCGUGAGAGGGGCGCUGCUGCUGGUCUGAGCAACAAGGGACAAGUUGUGGAUGUGGCUAUCUACGAGUCCAUGUUCAACUUGAUGGAAGCUGUCGUUCCCGAAUACGACUAUUCUGGAUCGAUUCGUGAAUGCUCAGGGUCGACCAUCACGGGCAUCGUGCCUUCGAACACGUACGUCACCAAGGACAAGAAGAACGUCGUCCUUGCUGCCAACACCGACUCUCUGUUCGUGAAGCUCAUGAACGCUAUCGGGCGGGAGGAUAUGGCGACGGACAGCAAGUACCGGACGAAUGCUGACCGUGUUGUCCACCAAGCAGAGAUCGACGCUGCGAUGGUGGCUUGGACUGCUACCCAGGAGCUAGACACGGUGGUUAAAGUGAUGGAGAAGGCCACCGUGCCUGUGGGACUUGUCUACUCUGUGGAAGACAUGGUCAAGGAUCCGCAGUACCAGCAGCGUGGGAUGUUUGAGGAGGUGGAAAUCCCAGAUGGGGAUAACACGAGGAAGUUAAGGGUGCCGGCGAUCUUGCCAAAGUUGAAGGCUACACCUGGCGUAACGCAGUUCGCUGGACGAAAGCUUGGACAGGACACACGCCAGGUCCUGGCGGAUGUCCUCGGUCGGUCCAAGCAGGAUAUCGAACGUCUGCUGGACGAAAAGGUAGUGUUCGAGCCGUAG